CGCAGCCCCGCCUGGGACCCCCGUGGGUGCAGGCAGUUCAUCUCCGAAGGCGGAGUCGCCACUGCUGGAGAGCAGGACCGUUGAACUUUUCAAUCACAUUAAUUUCCACAGGAAAUUGUUGUCUUCCUUUUGUCCAAAGAGAACAGCGAAGGAGGGAAGGAGGCUGGGACUCGGCAGCCUCUGGUGAUUCUUUUGGGCUGGGGUGGCUGCUCUGACAAGAACCUUGCCAAGUACAGCGCCAUCUACCACAAAAGGGGCUGCAUCGUGAUCCGAUACACAGCCCCGUGGCACAUGGUCUUCUUCUCCGAGUCCCUGGGCAUCCCUUCACUUCGUGUUCUGGCCCAGAAGCUACUUGAGCUACUCUUUGAUUACGAGAUUGAGAAGGAGCCCCUGCUCUUCCAUGUCUUCAGCAACGCCGGUGUCAUGCUGUACCGAUACGUGCUGGAACUCCUGCAGAACCAUCGGCGCUUCUGCCACCUGCGUGUGGUGGGCACCAUCUUUGACAGCGGUCCCGGUGAUAACAACCUGGUGGGGGCUCUGCGGGCUCUGGCAGCCAUCCUGGAGCACCGGCCUGCUGUGCUGCGCCUGAUGCUCCUGCUGGCUUUCACCCUGGUGGCAAUCCUGUUCCACGUCCUACUCGCUCCACUCACCGCUCUCUUCCACACCCACUUCUAUGACAGGCUACUGGAUGCAGCCUCUCGCUGGCCCGAGCUCUAUCUCUACUCGAGGGCGGAUGAGGUGGUCAUGGCCAGGGACGUGGAACGCAUGGUGGAGGCACGCCUGGCACACCAGGUCCUGGUGCGCUCUGUGGACUUUGUGUCCUCUGCACAUGUCAGCCACCUCCGCGACUACCCUACUUACUACACGAGCCUGUGUGUCAAUUUUAUGCGUAGCUGUGUCCAGUGCUAGGGUCCUUGCCCCACCCACCUCACCUCUGCUCCAGAAAUAAAUACCUGACACCUCUACAACCUAUGCCCAUGAGUGGGCUCCUCUUCUGGUUCAACUCCCUACGGCCACUUAUGACUUUGUGGUCCCCCAAGUAGAGAACUCCCUUGGGUCUCCGUC